CCAAGGCAGCCGUUCGACUGAUAGCCCACGUCAAUCUUCAGCCAACCUUCGGGUGGAACCAACAUCGCAAUGCCUCUUCCACAACUCCUAGUCGGUAAAGUUGCCGCCAUCACAGGCGGUUUGACUGGCAUUGGACGGGCCAUCGCCCUCGACUACCUCCGCCACGGCGCAAAAGUAGCCGUCAACCAUCUCGGCGGACCAAAAGAAGAGCCUCUCAUCACAGCAAUGCAUAAAGACGUAUCCGAGAUCACCGGAAACGACGAGGGGAACAGGUUCCUCCUUGUCACCGGCGACAUCACACAACCCGAAACGGGCCGGGAUUUUGUCGCAAAGGCCGUGGAAACAUUUGGAAGGCUAGAUGUGUUCGUGAGCAAUGCGGGGGUUUGCAAAUUCGAGGAAUUCCUAGAAGUCGAUCCUCCUCUGCUCGGUCACACGGUAAAUACCAACCUAUCUGGGGCCUUUUGGGCAACGCAGGCAGCCGCUCGACAAAUGGCCCUGGUUCAAUAUCCAUCUGGCGGAUCGAUCAUUGGAAUCAGUUCUAUCUCUGCGCUCGUUGGGGGUGGUCAGCAGACCCAUUAUACGCCUACGAAAGCCGGCGUCCUUAGUCUAAUGCAGUCGUGUGCUGUCGCAUUGGGGAAAUACGGGAUCAGAUGUAAUGCGCUACUGCCGGGGACGAUCCGGACUCAGUUGAACGAUGAGGAUAUGAGUGAUCCGGUGAAGAGGACGUAUAUGGAGGGGAGAAUUCCAUUGGGACGAUUGGGUCAGCCUCCGGAUCUGGCUGGACCGGCGGUGUUUUUGGCCUGUGAGGAGUUGAGUAGCUAUGUGACUGGGGCGCAGAUACUUGUGGACGGUGGACUCUUCGUGAACCUUCAGUAGUUUAUGAUGGUGUGAUCAUGAUACUGCAUUCUGAUGUGAACAUAUUGACAAUCAGUGUACAUACUCCCGCAUAU